CUUUUCAUUCGACUCAGUUUUAAUGUUGAAACGAUGAAAGCUACAUCUCUUUUCGUAGCCUCAAUUAUAAUCGGAAGCAAUUAAGAAAGAAGAUAAGAUUAGAUUAAAAAAAAGGUGAAUAAAAUAAGAAAUUGUUAUAAAAUGGACGCUGGAUAUAAAUUAAAUAAACCGAGCCCGAAAAAAACGGCGAAUGUAUGUUCGAAACUUUUUUAUGUGUGGCUGGUGAGUUUGUUUAGGAAAGGAAUUAAAGGCAAAAUUUCUUUAUCCGAUCUCUACACCGCUAUGGAUUCUGAUAAAUCAGAAGUUAUUAGUAAUAAACUCGAAUAUUAUUGGUUCUUAGAACUGGAGAAGUCGAAAAAAUCGAAUCGAAAACCGAGUUUAUUACGGUCAAUGUGUAACGCAUUUUCAGCUCAUUUUAUGUUGUAUGGGUUAUAUUAUUUUAUUCAAUUCGCACUAUUACGAUCAUUCCAACCAGUUCUCAUCUCACUUUUCGUCCAAAUGUUCACAACAGAAAACUUAGACAACCCCCAUAAAGAAUCUUACAUGUACAUUUAUGGUUUUGGAUUAGUUUUUGUAACAUUGUUGGUUGCUUUCUUUCAACAUCACGUUUAUUUAGAACUGAGUCGCGCUGGGAUGCGAUGGAGAGUUGCUUGUAGCAGCUUAAUUUAUAGAAAGACAUUAAAAUUGAGCAAAAAAUCGCUUUCUGCCACAGCUGGGGGCCAAAUUGUAAAUUUAAUCUCCAAUGAUUUAACACGAUUUGAUUUUGUGGCGCCGAUGUUGCACACAGCUUGGGUUAUUCCAAUUCAAGUUGCUAUUAUAACAUAUUUUAUUUAUGAGGAAGUUCAAGAAUCGGCUUUUGCUGGAGUUGGUGCUAUGAUUUUAUUAACUUUACCAGUUCAAGGAAUAAUAGCAAAAUUAUCAACGUAUCUCCGAACAAAAACAGCAAAAAGAACCGAUUACCGAGUAAAAUUAAUGGGUGAAUUAAUCGGGGGGAUACAAGUGGUGAAAAUGUACGUUUGGGAAAAGCCUUUUGAAAAAAUCGUCGAAAUUGCCCGAAAAAAGGAGAUAGAUCUAUUAACUUACACCUCAUAUAUUCGAGGUUGUUAUGCAAGCUUUGCAGUUUUUACUGAAAGAACAACGUUAUAUUUCUCAGUUAUUUGCUAUUACAUUCUUGGAAAUAAAAUAACGGCCCACACUGUGUUUUCAAUGGCUCAAUUUUAUAACAUCCUUCAAAUGUCGAUGGCAAUUUUCUUUCCCUUAGCGGUGACUUUAGGUGCUGAAGCUUUAGUUUCAAUUCAAAGAUUAGAAGAAAUAUUAAUGAUGGAAGAAAGACACAACGAUAUAGAAUUAAGUGAAAAUCCAGGAAUUAUUAUAGAAGAUUUAACAGCUUCUUGGGUUCUUGGACAACCCAAUUUGAUUAAUUUAAAUUUAAGAGUCCCCGAAGGAAUGUUAUGUGCCAUAGUUGGACCGGUUGGUUCAGGAAAAUCAACAAUUUUACAAUUAUUAUUAGGCGAAUUAAGACAAGACCAUGGAAGCGUUAAAAUUGGGGGGAAUAUUUCUUAUGCAAGUCAAGAACCUUGGUUAUUCGUUUCAACCGUAAGGAAAAAUAUCGUUUUUAUUCAAAAUUAUAACAAAUUUAGGUAUAACAAAAUCGUUAAAGUUUGCGCUUUAGAAAGAGAUUUUGAGUUAUUUCCAAAUGGUGAUAAAACGAUGGUUGGGGAAAGAGGGGUUUCUUUAAGUGGUGGACAAAGAGCCAGAAUUAAUUUAGCCAGAGCUAUUUAUAAAGACGCAGAUAUUUAUUUAUUGGAUGAUCCACUUUCAGCUGUUGAUACUCAUGUGGCUAAUCAUCUUUUUGAUGAGUGUAUUAAUGGGUAUCUUAAAGGAAAGACGCGGAUUUUGGUGACGCAUCAAUUACAAUUUUUAAAAAAGGUUGAUCAUAUUAUUGUUUUAAAUAAUGGAAAAGUUGAAGCUCAAGGAACUUUCAAUCAAUUAUUAUCAAGCAACUCAAAUUUCAUGAAAUAUUUACAAAAACAAGAAGAGAGUCAAGAAAAUGAGUUACAAAAUGAAAUGAAUGAUAUUGUCUUGCAACAUCGAAGAACUGAGUCGCUUGCAUCAACGAAAAGCGCUGUGUCAGAAUUUGAUGCAGAAAUAAAUUACGAAGACAACGAAGAAUCCUCUUCGAUCGAAGGAACCAACCCGUUCUCAAAAUACAUACAAGCAGGCUCAAAUCUUUGCAGCUUCAUAUGUUUAACCACCCUUUUAAUAAUCGGUCAAAUCGCGACGAGUUUAUGCGAUUACUUCUUAACAUUUUGGACGAAAUCCGACGAAGCCACCCCGAGGGGAAGUUACACUUACGUUUAUAUUUACACAGGCGUCGUCGUCGCUUGUAUCUUUUUCGUCACGUUACGUUCAAUCAUGUUCUUCAAAUUCUCAAUGAACGCAUCAAAAAAUUUACACAACAAAAUGUUCCAUUCGUUAUUAAAAGCCCCGAUGAGAUUUUUCGACACAAAUCCUAGUGGAAGGAUUUUAAAUCGAUUUUCGAGGGAUAUGGGGGCGAUGGAUGAAGUUCUUCCUCGAGUGGGAAUUGACGCAAUACAAAUCUUUUUGGUUAUGUGUGGGAUUAUUGUUAUGAUUGGAAUUGCUAAUCCUUAUAUGGUUAUUGCGGCUGUUAUUUUGGGGAUUUUUUUUUUGCAAAUUAGGAGGUGGUAUGCUUUAACGGCUAAGGAUAUUAAACAUCUUGAAGGAACUACGAAAAGUCCGGUUUUAUCGCAUUUAAGUGCCACAAUAAACGGAAUUGAAACUGUUCGUGCAAAUUCGUGCGAAAUAAUAUUAAAAUCAGAGUUCGAUGAGCACCAAAAUAUCCACACUUCCGCUUGGUACUUAACAAUAACUUGUAUGGCGGCUGUUGGAUUAUGGCUCGAUUUUCUUUGUGUUAUUUUCCUCAUGUGCAUCGUUUUGGGAUUUAUCAUCAUGGAUUAUUUUAAUCCCGUUGAAAGUAGUAACGUUGGUUUGGCAAUUUCCCAAGCGAUGAUUUUAACUGGGAUGCUUCAAUUCGGGGUUCGGCAAUCAACGGAAGUUGUAAAUCAAAUGACUUCCGUUGAGAGGAUCUUAGAAUACACCAAUAUUGAAUCUGAGGAGAAUUUGGAUCAAAAAACGAUUCGAACGCAAGUUACUAAAUCGUGGCCUCAACAUGGAAAGGUUGAAUUUAAACAUCUUUAUUUGAGAUAUUCCCCGGGGGAAUCCCCGGUUUUAAAAAAUUUAUCUUUUACGAUCCAACCGGGUGAAAAAGUUGGAAUUGUUGGACGAACGGGAGCUGGCAAAUCUUCAAUUAUUUCGGCACUAUUUCGAUUAACUAAUUUAGAAGGGAGUAUUUAUAUCGAUAAUGUUGAUACAUCGUCGUUAAGUAUUUACGAAUUAAGAGAAAAGAUUUCAAUUAUCCCGCAAGAACCCGUUUUAUUUUCAUCAACAGUUCGCUACAAUUUAGACCCAUUCAAUAAUUACAAAGAUUCCGAGAUUUACAACGUUUUAGAUCAGGUCGAAUUAAAAAGAUUUAUUCCAUCUUUAGAUUUUGAAAUCGACGAGGGCGGCGCUAAUUUUAGCGUUGGACAAAGACAAUUACUUUGUUUAGCUAGAGCUAUUUUAAGAAACAAUAAAAUUUUAGUUUUGGACGAAGCAACAGCUAAUGUUGAUCAUACGACCGAUUCUUUGAUUCAAACUACGAUAAGGAAAAGAUUCCAGUCGUUCACCGUUUUAACAAUAGCGCAUAGAUUAAAUACAAUUAUGGAUUCGGAUAAAAUUUUGGUGAUGGAUGCUGGGAAAUUGGUCGAGUUUGAUCACCCGCAUAUUUUGUUGCAAAAUCGUGAUGGAUUUUUAUAUAAAAUGGUUGAAGAAACUGGAUCGGCUAUGAUGAGUCAAUUAAUGGAAAUAGCCGAAGCAACUUAUGUUAGAGAUACACGACUAUAAUAAGUUAUUUUUUUUAAAUAUAGUGUAAUUAAAAUAGGUUAUUAAUAAAAUACAAUUAUUAUACCAGA